AUGCCGUCCCGCGUCGCCGACGCCGACCCCGACGACAUCGCUCGCCGCUACGCCAAGUCCCGCGAGCGAAGAGAGCGUCGUCAGCGUUCGCGAGAGGCCACGCCGAGUCCCAAGAGCUCGAGCGCGUUCGAUGGCAUUCGCUCCUUCUUCAAGCUUUCUCCACGAAACGCGAGUGAAGACGUCGCGGACGUCGAGCGGACGGCAGACACGUCAUCGCGCUCCGUGGCGGACGCGCGUGAGAGCCCUCGGAGCGAGCGUUCGGAGCGCACGGGGCGGAGAGAGGGCUCGGCGGGUGUUGGGCGAGCGCCGAGAGCGCGCGAGGACGGCGACGAGCGGCGACCUCUGUUGCGAGGAAGCGCGAGGGGGGACGGCGAUGAUGAUGAUGAUUUAUUCGCUCCCGAGCGCGCGGCGAGCGGGAGACGGGUGGGCUGGGGUGGAGCGAAGCUCACGCGAGAGUCGCUGCAAAUGUUGGGCGGAGACGUCGAGUCUGGGACGGAAUCGGCGACGCGAGCGCGGGCGCUUCGGGCGAGCGUCGAGAGCUCGGGGUUGUCUCGACGAGUGAUGCUGCUGCCCAAAGCGUGGAGACAGUGGGCGGCGAUGGCUUCCGUGUCCAUGGCGUGCUCGUGCGCUGGGUUGGCCAUCGGCUUUCCGUUCGCGGCGCGGCGAACGUUGGCUUGCGGUCCCGCGGGUGCGUGCGACGACGGGGCAGGGCGAGAGGAAUUCGGGACGUUAAAUUCUACGCUCUUCGUGGGCGCUGUUCUAGGCGCACUCAUCGCCGGUCGCGCGUGCGAUCUUUUCGGUAGGAGAACGACGGUGGUGGGUGCGACGAUUCCCGCCGUCGCGGGUUGGAUAGUGGUGUUCUACGCGAAGGCGUUUUCCGUGCUCUCGCUCGCCGGGAAAUUCACGGUGGGGAUUUCGGUGGGGAUGCUUAGCGCGGCGGCGCCGGUGCUCCUGGGUGAGGCGGGCUCGGGUCAAAAUCGCGGCGCGCUCGCUGUGUUGCCCAUGGUUGCGGUGGCUAAAGGAGUCCUAUUCAUGUACAUCGCGAGCUUGGCGCGAGUGGUGAUGCACUGGCGACACUUCGCGGCUUUGUGCGCCGGUAUGAACACAUUAGCGUUCGUCGUCACCGCGUUAGCGACGGUCGAGUCACCAAGGUGGUAUCUGUCGAGAGAGAUGCCAGUGCACGCCGUCGACGCGUUGACGACUCUUAACGGCGCUUGGGAAGAGAUUGAGGUGAUGGAAGAGAUGGCGAAAAUUAUUUCUAGGGAGAACGCGAAGACGUCACCGCCAGGUGCUUUCGCGCAGUUUAGGUUCUGGCAUCUCGUCACGUUGGAUAACUUGAUGAGAUGCGUCACGAUGACGUGCACGCUAGUUGGUGUACAGCAGCUCAGUGGAUUAUCCUACGCGGUUUACGACGAUCCGGAGAUACCGGAUGAUGCCGCGGUACCAUCCUCGGAGGAAACGCGCGUCGCGUUCAUCGUCGCGCUCAUGAUCGGCGUGAUGAUGUGCUCAAGGUUCGUUGAUCACUAUGGUCGAAAACCGUGCAUGACGGCGUCUUUGAUUGGCAUGCUCAUCUCCAACGUCUCCAUAGCCGCCAUUGCCUCUGGUAUGCACUUUGGGCCGGCCAGAGACGCUUUGGACGUUUCCGUCGUAUGCUACGCCUUCUUUUUUGGUCUCGGCAUGUCCGGAAUACCCGCUCUCAUGUCGGUCGAGUUGUUUCCGCAGCACACGCGCGCGACGGCGUGCGCCUUCCUUUGCGCCCUCCACUGGCUCUACGCGUUCGCCGUGACGUUCGCCUACGAGAUCGCCCUGGAGGUAUUUGGCUCCGCCGCCGUCCACGGCUUCUUCGCAGUGGUCUGCGCCCUCGGCGCCUUCUACGUCGCCCGCUUCGUCCCAGAAACCUCCUCGAAAACGCUUGAGGACACCGUGGCCCUCCUCACCCCGAGAUCCGACGCCACGCGCGCUCGGACUCGACCCAUUUCUUCGCACGCGCGCGCGAAACCACCCCGAAACGUCCGCAGUGUCCUCCUAGCCUGA